GCUAGUGUGGGAGCUACGGAGAAUAACCUGCUGAAUAGUUGCAUUGCACACUCACUAAAUACUUCAAAGUGGACUGAUUUUCAGACGAAUUAAAACACAUACACUGUGUUUUUACCCAUUCUUCCUCCACUUCAAGGGUCCUUUCCAUUGCAUUAUCUGCUAUCUACUGGGAGAGGAAGGGUCAAUUACAGUGAGUCCCAGGGUGAGCUAAGAGGAUAAGUUAUGUGUGUAUUCACUGCCUUCAUUCGGAGGGGAAAAUGCCCAUCGCUGGGCUCAGACAGAAACAGAAGGUUGAAGGAGGUCAUGUCCAAAAUCAUAGAAAUAACAACUCGGCUAGAGCAGUUCUUGAUCCUACGCAUCUUAGCCUUUGCUCACAAAGACAUGAGAGUAUAUUUGGUCCUCUUCUUGGUUUCAGACUCUGAGGGGAAUGAAUUCAGUCACUUGAGGUCUGUCAAUGAGCACAGUAUUGUGAAGGUAAAAAUUGUGCUAAGCCUUUAAGGGAAAAAAAAAGUGGCUAUUGUUUUUGGAAAGAAAUGUUUAGCUAUGAGUUUUCAAGAAGAAAAAGUCAACUCGUAAAUAAGAUAACCUCACGUUUCAACAUUUCCGUAGUUGAAAUCAGGCUGGAUCUUAAACUCAGGUGCCUUUUUGGUGUAAUAAAUGGAGGAAUUAAUUAAAGAGAGGAAGAAGUACCUCGUGUGUUGGGAUAAUGAAGAUGAUGAUUAUGACUGUGAUGGGAAUAACCAAUAGGAUUUAACAUUUCACGAGUCAUCCUGGGCAUUUAUAACCAUCAUCAGAAAAGUGCCUUAUAGCUCUACAGGUGAGCUCCAAAAAAUGUGACAUUACCCUACAGUUAUUGCUGAAUAAUGUGCUUACAUAAGUACAUACAGCCACACAAGUAAAUAAGCAUUAUUCUAAUUAUUGGGGCGGGGGAGGGGGGAGUCUUGGAUUUAACUACCUUAGUGGUUGCCUGAGCUUUGGAUUUCAACAGACAGUCUACCUAGCAGAGUUUAACAUAAGAAAGUCGAUACAAAUUUUCAGUUUUAUCCCAUUUCACAGAACUUGUGUGUAAGCCAGGAAGAAGGAACUGAGUUGAUCCCUCACUUGAGAAUUCUGUUACCUGGGAAGAAAAUGGUGAGUCUAGUAAGUGAGAGCAUCUGGGGAGAGGGAAGGAAAACCUCCCUUUCCUCCCAGUAUUUUCCUUCUUGUGCUCACUGACCCCUGCCCUCCCAUUUUCUCCCUGCUUCCUUGUUCGGCUUCUUCUCCUUAGCUUUCCUGUCCCUCCAUAUCCUGGAAACCUAAAAGCAUAAUGAUGUCUGAUCCAAGAUCAUGUACUAUUUGAAAUUAAAAAGGGGGAAGCUUCUGAGUCCGGAACUCGCAAUUUAACAGUAAAAAGCUACUCGUCUCUAAGGUGUGCCUGCACUGAAUUCAGAAAAUAAAGGCCAAGUCAAACAGAAGUGAGACCCUUAAUUAGAGCGGUGACGGUGCUGUGCUCUUCAGGGGUCCCCUCUAAUGUUCAUUUUUAUGCUGGCUUUGUGUUUCAGUAGGUCGUGAAUCGUUGCUCAUAUUUGGAGCAACAAUUGGAAUUGUGCUGUCCUUUACGUCCACGAAAAUAUAAUUUAAUAACGUAUGGUAAUGACUUCAGAAUAAGUUGUCUGGAUGGAUGACUGACAUGUCAUUUAAAGGUACCAUUUAGGGUCAGGAUGAAGAUGUUCAGGGAAUGAGGAAAUAAGAACGUUUUCUUUUCCCCCCGCCCGGCUUCUUCUACCGAGUAGAAAGAAAUCCAGUCCAGGUUUUGGCUUCGACUCUGCCUCUGAAUUUCGGCUGUGCAAUGUGUAGCACGUUUCGCUCCGUCCCCUUCUUUCUCCUUCCCUCUCGCCUCCAGUGUCUGUCUCCAGGAUUUCUCUCUUCCUAUUUCAGGAGGACUCUCACAGGCUCCCUCAGUCUGUGUGAAGCUGAGGUUUCCCCUGGAUCCCGUACAUCCCCAACACAUACCUCCACGCACACGGGUCCCCAAGAACCCCGAGCUCACACCGACACACACUCGCGCGCGCACACACUCGCGGCCGCCUGUCCAUCUCCCUCUCGGGGAGAGCCGGCGCGCGUUCCCACCUUCGCCGCACACGCGGGCGAGCCGAGCUCGCUGCGCGCUAGGAUUCCGCGGCUCGGAACUCGGAUCACAGCUCUCAACCCCCAUGGUGGCUUUUUAAACAUUUCUUUUCCUCCUCUCUCUCGUUUUUAUUGCACCGUUUUCGAUCUGGGGGGCUAGAGGAGCGAGGCGGCUGCUUUCCCAGCCAGCCCUGGUUGGCUUGCCGUCCUCCAUCAGGCUUAUAAAAGUUUGCUGAGCGCAGUCCAGAGGGCUGCGCUGCUCGUCCCCUCGGCUGGCGGAAGGGGGUGACGCUGGGCAGCGGCGAGGAGCGCGCCGCCGGCUCUGGCGGGCUUUCGGCUAGAGGGGCAAGGUGAAGAGCGCACGGGUCCUGGGGUUCACCGAGCUGGAUUUGCAUGUUGCACCAUGCCUUCUUGGAUCGGGGCUGUGAUUCUUCCCCUCUCCGGGCUGCUGCUGUCCCUCCCGGCCGGGGCGGAUGUGAAGGCUCGGAGCUGCGGCGAGGUUCGCCAGGCGUACGGUGCCAAGGGAUUCAGCCUGGCGGACAUCCCCUACCAGGAGAUCGCAGGGGAGCACCUAAGAAUUUGUCCUCAAGAGUACACCUGCUGCACCACAGAAAUGGAAGACAAGCUAAGCCAGCAAAGCAAACUGGAGUUUGAGAACCUGGUGGAAGAAACGAGUCACUUUGUCCGCACCACUUUCGUGUCCAGGCACAAGAAAUUUGAUGAAUUUUUCCGAGAGCUCCUGGAGAAUGCCGAAAAGUCCCUAAAUGAUAUGUUUGUACGGACCUAUGGAAUGCUCUACAUGCAGAAUUCCGAGGUAUUCCAGGACCUCUUCACAGAGCUGAAAAGAUACUACACAGGGGGCAAUGUCAAUCUGGAGGAGAUGCUCAAUGACUUCUGGGCCCGGCUCCUGGAACGGAUGUUUCAGCUGAUCAACCCGCAGUAUCACUUCAGUGAGGACUACCUGGAAUGCGUGAGCAAAUACACAGACCAGCUGAAGCCCUUUGGAGAUGUUCCCCGGAAGCUGAAGAUCCAGGUCACCCGCGCCUUCAUUGCUGCUCGGACCUUUGUCCAGGGGCUGACCGUCGGCAGAGAAGUUGCAAAUCGAGUUUCCAAGGUCAGCCCAACCCCAGGAUGCAUCCGUGCUCUGAUGAAGAUGCUGUACUGCCCUUACUGUCGAGGACUUCCCACAGUGAGACCGUGCAACAACUACUGCCUCAAUGUCAUGAAGGGCUGCCUGGCCAAUCAGGCUGAUCUUGACACGGAGUGGAAUCUGUUCAUAGACGCCAUGCUCUUGGUAGCAGAGCGACUGGAGGGACCCUUCAACAUUGAGUCGGUCAUGGACCCAAUUGAUGUGAAGAUCUCUGAAGCCAUCAUGAACAUGCAAGAAAACAGCAUGCAGGUGUCUGCAAAGGUCUUUCAGGGAUGUGGCCAGCCCAAACCUGCCCCAGCUCUCAGAUCUGCCCGCGCAGUUCCUGAGAACUUUAAUACACGGUUCAGGCCUUACAAUCCUGAGGAAAGACCAACCACUGCUGCAGGCACGAGCUUGGACCGGCUGAGGAUUGUGUGGAGGACAAUGCAACAUAGUGUCACAGACAUUAAAGAGAAACUGAAGCUCUCUAAAAAGGUCUGGUCGGCACUGCCCUACACCAUCUGCAAGGACGAGAGCGUGACGGCGGGCACGUCCAACGAAGAGGAAUGUUGGAACGGGCACAGCAAAGCCAGAUACUUGCCUGAGAUCAUGAAUGACGGGCUGACCAACCAGAUCAACAACCCCGAGGUGGACGUGGACAUCACGCGGCCCGACACGUUCAUCAGGCAGCAGAUCAUGGCUCUCCGCGUGAUGACCAACAAGCUGAAGAAUGCCUACAACGGCAAUGACGUCAACUUCCAGGACACAAGCGAUGAAUCCAGUGGCUCGGGGAGUGGCAGUGGCUGCAUGGAUGACGUGUGUCCUACAGAGUUUGAGUUUGUCACUACAGAGGCCCCUGCAGUAGAUCCCGACAGGAGAGAAGUAGACUCUUCUGCAGCGCAGCCGGGGCCCUCCCUGCUCUCAGGAUGUCUCGUCUGCAUCGCCCUGGUGUCGCAGAGACUGUGCAGAUAAUCCGGGGCGUUUGGUCAGAUGAAACUGCAUUUUAGCUAUUUGAACAGCCAACAACUCACUUCUUUUCUUACCCUCUUGGACGAUGGACCAUGCCACAAAACUUUACCGUUUUCUAUGAGAAGCGGGCAGCACUGCACGCUGCCCCCCUUUUUGUUUUCCCAAAGAGUACCGGGUGCCAGACUGACUGCUUCCUCUUUCCUUCAGCUAUCUGUGGGGACCUUGUUUAAUUCUAGUGAAUUCUUACUCAAAUCUUUCGUACCAGGAGAUUUUUCUUACCUUCAUUUGCUUUUAUGCUGCAGAAGUAAAGGAAUCUCACGUUGUGAGUUUUUUUUUUUUUUCCCCAUUAAGAAAAAUAGGAAGAAAAUAAUUUUCCUUGCAAAAUCAGCCCAAACCCCGAGACAACUGCCUUUUCAACAAAGAAGCAGACAAGAGAGAAAAAUAAAAGAGCUUUAACACUAUAUGUUGGGCACUGCCAGCCAACGCCCAGUGUAAGCUUUUCUGUGACAAAUCAGGUUUACAGAAUGCUUAUGGGAGAGCGUUUGAAAUUGUUUUCAUGCAGUGAAAAUACACGGUUGUCUUAGAGGUCUUGCACUGCAACCACACAUGGCCAAACUGGUUUGGAGGUACUGACAGUAAAUGUAGCAUUCCAUCUUUAGGACCAGAGCAAAAUCUGCUACAACUCAGCACCUCCCUCUCGCCCUCCCCCCAACGUCAGUAUCAGUAAUGGCACCAUUUUCCUUAAUUCUUUUCCUGUCUGUCCACUGUAUCCAAUUGGCACAGAUUUUCCCCUUCAUCUUGGGUUCCUAGUGGACAUCCGCAUGGAUUCCUCCUCCUCAAGAGUCUGACAUGAAAACAAUCUUCACCAAUACAAUCACUUUGCUUUAGCCCCGGGCUUGACGUGAAUUAGAUGUUUCUGCCCUCUGCUCAUUCCCCUCCCCCCAAGGAAGAGUUCUUUUAAUGGACCAGUAAGCAAUUAGACCCAUCAGUGAGUUUUCAUUUUUAACCGUUUGCUUUGUGUCAAUUGGUUUCUGCAUCACAAGGGCAUUCUCUUACAAAAUAACUCACAACAAAAAAAAGUCAAGACAAAAAAAUAUAUAUAUAUAUAGUAUUGACAUGGAGAUUUCUUUCACUUUUUUAGUCUUAGUAUGAUCAUCUAUUUUUAUAUCUAUAUAUAUAUAAAUCACAGAUUUUAACUUCUUAAUUCCAAGCUCAGGGUUGACACACCUUUGUAACGAAAAUGUUUUGUCAACCAGCUCUUCUUGUUUUGUGCUGCUCAGAGAAGGGACGCCCCGAUGAUCUGUGAGCACCAAGAACCAAGAAAGAGAAAUUUUUACGUAUCUAACUGUCCAUUUAUUAAAAGUUUGCCAGGGCACACCCUUCUCGCAUGAGCGUGCUUGGUCCUGGGUACUCCGGUCUGUACCGAACUCAAGGACAGAGCGAUGGGUGUGUGGAAAUUUCCCGGUGAUGGAAACUGUAUGCAUAAGAAUGUGUUAUUCACGCAAAGGCAUUGCUUUUAUGUACGACGUCUUCAGCCUAGGAUUCCUGCUUGGCACUUGGAGAAAUGUCCUAAUUCAAGAGGCCAGUUCAGAGCCGCAGCCUAACUGAUCUGCCAGGUAUGCCAACGCCAGGCAUUUUGCUCCCCCUGACAGAGAGAAGCAAAAUAAACCAAACUGGGGCUCUAUGAAUACAGUUGGCUAUCCAUGUGUUUUUGGUUUUCAUGAUGCAUCUCGGGUUAGGGAAAGUCAUGUUUCAAGACACCAUCGUAUGCCAGUCACAUGGUAAUUAACCCACUGGCACCUAGAUGAUAUUUUUUUCGAUCUCUGUACUCAUCCAAAUUGCAAUGAGUUAUUGAUUUAGUCGUCACAUUUCAGUAGAACACAUGCAGCACAGUAGUAUUAAGUAUACUCGAGCACUUUUGCAAAACUGAAAGUAUUAGAAUCAUCUGUUACUCGUAUGCCUAAUGAAAUAUGGAACAUAGGAUUCUGAGAGAUUUUGUGGCAUCUUUUCAUUUCAAUCUUUAUGAAAUUAACCCUUAACCUAAUUCAGCACUACAUACAUCCAGAAAACCAUCCAUUUCACUGCCAAACUUCAGCUUCCUAACACCAAUUACACGUACAACAUCUUUAUGAAGGACCAACCAUUUAUGUUGUUCAUUGCGUUGUAUGUUCAGAAAUCAGUAUUGUCUUUCUCCAAUAAUUAAGGUGCAAUACAAAUUAAAUCCAUGUUGAUUUUCCAGAGUAUUUGAGUCAUAACUCGUUUUUAUGGCUUUAAGCUCCAAGUCUUUCCUUUAAAAAAAAUCUCUCUGCAUUGUUUUCCGUGAAAUAGAUCCGAAUGCCUUGUUUGCCAUGUGUUUUCACGCGCAAACGUUUCUGUGCAUGUGUAUGAAUACCUAUUAUAUUAAUGAAUGUGAACCCAUGUUCUGUACACACUAAACACACAGAUAAUAUAUAAACGCCUGCUUCAUUCGACAUCUUCAUCAUCAUUAUUAUUCAUAUUGGUGAGCUAUCGUGACCCACCUGAGCCAGGAAGACAGCUGAAAUCGCUAUCAGUUAGUGAUGCCACAAGACUCGUCCCCUGCGUGGAUGUGGUCAAAAUACCAUUCAGAUUGUUCUUCCUGGUUCCUGUCAUCAUCCUAGUGCGUCAUAUGAUUUUCACACCAAUUUAACCUGAGACUUUCUUUUGCGUCCUAAGGCAAUUAGUUUACUCUAGUGAACCCAUUUCAGGAAGGAUUUGGGGAUCUCCUCCUCCCCCCGCCAAAUUAAUUUCUCUCGUUUGAGCACAGGGAUAGGGGAUGCCAUGAUACCCAUUGUUUUUCCUGACCUGCUCUCCCUUGCUCUGAUGUCCCCUAAAUUCUCUAAUCACAUCAUAACCUCUGUUACGAGUAGAGAGGAAUGGGCUCCCUGAAAUCGGACGCUGGAAGUUGUUGGGGUGAUGCUCCUCCCUGCGAACACUUAGCUUAUUGAAGUGCCUCUAUUUACAUGUUCUUUAGUUAUAAUAUGUAUUUUUCUAACAAAUACACGUCUGUAAUGGGUGUAUAUUAUACUUUGUAUAUGUUAUAACAAAAGCUAAACAGAGGCUAAAGUCUUUAGCAGAGAAGAACGGAUUGCAAAUUCACGAGUUGGAGCUUCGCUUGUGGUUCUGUACUGGAGGACAGUGGCGACAACUUUCUCUCGCUUGCAUGAAGAUCGAGUCGGGACUCUGAUUAGAGCCAUCAUAGACACUAGCAAUCUGACUCCCUUACCGUGACUUACACCAAUACGGACCUGGUAUUACCUGCUUUAAGGGUAAGGGAUAGAAAAUACUACUUUGUCUACACUGAAAAACACGAUUCUUCAUUGACAAGAAAUAGUCGUUAUACAAGUAACAUUCUGCAAAUCAAACACAGUGAAAAUAUUACUGGAACGCAGAACCCUGGUAUUUAAUUUAUGUUCCCUGCUGCAGACAUUAGCCUAUUUUAAUUCCUUAGCCAUCACAUACGUGUUUUGGCUACACACUGAACACCAACUGAAGUCCCCAAGGAGGAAUAAAACCUUAGCAAAUUCCUGAGUUGUGAUUCUUUUCGCACUUCUCUUUGCAAGGCUAAUUGUCAGGUGCUUUGAUUAAGGGUGGAAGGGUUAGCAAAGGCAAGUUUCGACCUUAGCAAGACUUGCGGAAAUUCAAACUCAUUUUCAUUCACUUACAGUCACUAACAAAUCUGACUUUGGACUUUAAAAAGGGGUGGGGGAGGGGAGGGACAGUUGCGCUUUUGCCAGCAGAAGCGUAAGGAGACCACAACUUAGAAAUUUGCAACGUGUUCCUCCUCGGUGUAGACAUUAGCCGAUGUUUAGUUUUAGGCCAAGUUCUACAAAUACAGUAUUGAUUUGUAUGCAUUCUGGAGCCUUGCUAUAUCGUGGUUUGCGACAGCACGGGACUCAGCCUAGCAUGGGGCCAUUUGAACCUCAGUGAAAGUGGAAGCGUUACCGGAAUCUUUGACAUUGCCUUGUAAUGAGGUGCUUCCGUGAAAAGCCACCUCGGGAUGGCAUCGUAGUGAGGUCUCUGUGCAUAAACAUAUAUGCAGGACAAACGUGUGCACCAAUCAAACCUAAAAUUUUCUGUGACUGUCAAAUGAAUAUUAUUUGGGUUAAGAUUUUUUUCAUUUCUGAUUUGGAUAGAAAAUUGCUAUUAAUCUUGUAUUAAAAUAGUUUUUAAAAAUCUA